GCGUAGGUGUUCGGCUUUGAAAUGCAGCGGGAUUUAGUGAGUUUGCCCCUAUCCCCAGCGGUGCGGGUGAAGCUGGUGUCUGCAGGUUUCCAGACUGCUGAGGAACUCCUAGAGGUGAAACCCUCCGAACUCAGCAAAGAAGUUGGGAUAUCUAAAGAGGAAGCCUUAGAAACUCUGCAAAUUAUAAGAAGAGAAUGUCUCACAAAUAAAACAAGUUAUUCUGGUACAGCUGAGUCAGGCAAGAAGUGCACAGCACUGGAACUUCUUGAGCAGGAGCAUACCCAGAGUUCCAUAAUUACCUUCUGUUCCGCACUAGAUAAUAUUCUUGGGGGUGGCAUACCCUUAACCAAAACAACAGAAAUUUGUGGUGCACCAGGUGUUGGAAAAACACAAUUAUGUAUGCAGUUGGCAGUAGAUGUGCAGAUACCAGAAUGUUUUGGAGGAGUGGAAGGUGAAGCAGUUUUUAUUGAUACAGAGGGGAGUUUUAUGGUUGAUAGAGUGGUAGACCUUGCUAAUGCCUGCAUUCAACACCUGCAGCUUAUAGCAGGAACACAUAUGGGAGAAGAGCACCCAAAAGCUUUGCAGGAUUUCACUCUUGAAAAUAUUCUUUCCCAUAUUUAUUAUUUUCGUUGUCGUGACUACACAGAGCUAUUGGCACAAGUUUAUCUGCUUCCAGACUUCCUUUCAGAACACUCAAAGGUUCGAUUAGUGAUAGUGGAUGGCAUUGCUUUUCCUUUUCGUCAUGACCUAGAUGACCUAUCCCUUCGUACUCGAUUACUAAAUGGCCUAGCGCAGCAAAUGAUCAGCCUUGCAAAUAACCACAGAUUAGCUGUAAUUUUAACCAAUCAGAUGACAACAAAGAUCGAUAAAAAUCAGGCCUUGCUGGUUCCUGCACUGGGGGAAAGUUGGGGGCAUGCUGCUACAAUACGACUAAUCUUUCAUUGGGACCAGAAGCGAAGGUUGGCAACAUUGUACAAAUCACCAAGCCAGAAGGAUGCUACAGUACUGUUUCAAAUCACACCUCAGGGAUUUAGAGAUGCUGUUGUUGCUACUGCAUGUUCAUUGCAAACAGAAGGAUCAUUGAAUAUCCGGAAGCGGUCACGGGACUCAGAGGAAGAAAAGGAAUCCAAACACUAGUCUCAGGGUAUACAUAUGUAUUGAUGCUGUGAGAGUUGCAGUGCUUACAAGUAGUAGACUCGUUACUUUAGAAUAUAAACACUAUGGCGUGAAUGAAUCCAGUCUAUAUUAAGUGAAUGGUGAAUGAAUGGAUCAGGUCUAUACUAAGUGAAAAUACUUAACAAAUAGGAUUCUCUGAAAGAGUUUUUCUAAACUAAGCAGUGUUCUACAGUUGUAUUUAACCCUGUUUUUAUUUUCAGUAACAUUCAGUAGAGAUGAUACAGUUAUUGUAUUUUGCAAAUGUGGAAAGCUGAUCGCUUGUGACCAAUCUGAAUUUAAUAUUCAGACUGUUUUUUCCUCCUUUUUUUUCUUUUUUUUUUUUUGCGGUACGUGGGCCUCUCACUGUUGUGGCCUCUCCCGUCGUGGAGCACAGGCUCUGGACGCGCAAGCUCAGCGGCCAUGGCUCACGGGCCCAGCCGCUCCGCGGCAUGUGGAAUCUUCCCAGACCGGGGCACGAACCCAUGUCCCCUGCAUCGGCAGGCGGACUCUCAACCACUGCGCCACCAGGGAAGCCCCUAUUGUUAUUAUAUGUAAUAAUUAUUACAUGUAUACAUAUAGCUGUUGUUUUAAGGGAGUAUUUUUGAUAUUUCUUUGCUUUCUGUGUUCUUAGCCAAUUGCCUAGACAUUUCUAGGAGGAAAAGAUUUUUUUCACAUUCCUAUUGUGCUCUCCUCUUUAAAUGUAGCUUUGAUAAUUCUUAAAAAUGACAUGUUUCUAUUAUGAAGAAAAGCCAGCACCAUGAGUCAGCAUAUCAUUACAUUCAGUUUAUGAGUACGAUACACAUUUUGGAUGACCAGUCUGAUUUUAGUGACCCCAAUCCUAAAAUCUAAGUCAUUUGUUCAUUUUUUAAUGUUAUUUUGUAACAUUAAAGGAAGGACUUUGGAGUUGUUAUCCCAUGUAGAACAUUGACUGGAACAUAUAUCUAUGUUGCCAAGUUGAUAAGCUCACAGUCAUUUAUUUCUAUAUUUUUGAAACAUAGUGUGAUCCAGUUCUAGGUGUACUGACAUUAUCCUUUGAAUAAUCUUAAUACUGAUUGAAUAAAUUAAAAAUUUGGAUUCUUGAGUGGUUUCAAAAUUUAAAAAUGUUUUGGUACCUGGUUCUUAGUACUUCUUAAUUCAUUUACAAAAUUUACUUUGACUCCCAGUGGAAGAAAAUUAUUUAAGUAAUUGAACAUUAUAUACCGUGACAACCAUAUUUUCCAGACUUUAGUGACAGUUGGUAUUUCCUGUCCCAGACUGAACACUAAAUUCAUAAAAUUUUAAAGAUGUAAUUAUUCUGUAAUUGAUUAUACAUAGACUAACCAUAGUUGGCGAGGACUUUUUAAAGAAUGAAAAUAGGCACUGGUAACAAUUAUACCAGAACAUAAAUCAGGACUGUCCCAGGCAAAUCAGGCUUAUGGUCAUCCUAAUUAUGUAAAACUAAUUUCAAAUGACUAAUAUAGGAUAACUAAUUGUAAAUAUCUUAUUUUUGAGUGCUUUAAGGCAUAUGUUUUUAUUAUAAUUAAUGCAGUCAUUAUAAAAAAUUACCUGUCAUUUUAUAUUCUGUCUACUCAAAUCAUAACAUCAAGAGAGUAAGGGGGUUGUUGAGUGAUAAAUAUCAGUGUUACCAGGCAUCAGAUACUGUUAAGAGGUCAUUUUAUAAAGCAUUAUAACACUGUACUUUAAAAGAACUAUGAGACCCCAAAAUGGAUUAAAGACCUAAAUGUAAGGCCAGGCACUAUCAAACUCUUAGAGGAAAACAUAGGCAGAACACUGUAUGACAUAAAUCACAGCAAGAUCUUUUUUGACCCACCUCCUAGAGAAAUGGAAAUAAAGACAAAAAUAAACACAUGGGACCUAAUGAAAAUUAAAAGCUUUUGCACAGCAAAGUAAACCAUAAACAAGACAAAAAGACAACCCUCAGAAUGGGAGGAAAUAUUUGCAAAUGAAGCAACUGACAAAGGAUUAAUCUCCAAAAUUUACAAGCAGCUCAUGCAGCUCAGUAUCAAAAAAACAAACAACCCAAUCCAAAAAUGGGCAGAAAACCUAAAUAAACAUUUCUCCAAAGAAGAUAUAUAGAUUGCCAACCAACAUGUGAAAGAAUGCUCAACAUCAUUAAUCAUUAGAGAAAUGCAAAUCGAAACUACAAUGAGAUAUCAUCUCACACCAGUCAGAAUGUCCAUCAUCAAAAAAUCUACAAACAAUAAAUGCUGGAGAGGGUGUGGAGAAAAGGGACCCCUCUUGCACUGUUGGUGGGAAUGUAAAUUGUUACAGCCACUAUGGAGAACAGUAUGGAGGUUCCUUAAAAAACUAAAAAUAGAACUACCAUACGACCCAGCAAUCCCACUACUGGGCAUAUACCCUGAGAAAACCAUAAUUCAAAAAGAGUCAUGUACCAAAAUGUUCAUUGCAGCUCUAUUUACAAUAGCCAGGACAUGGAAGCAACCUAAAUGUCCAUCAACAGAUGAAUGGAUAAAGAAGAUGUGGCACAUAUAUACAGUGGAAUAUUAACUCAGCCAUAAAAAGAAGUGAAAUUGAGUUAUUUGUAGUGAGGUGGAUGGACCUAGAGUCUGUCAUAGUGAAGUAAGUCAGAAAGAGAAAAACAAAUACCAUAUGCUAACACGUAUAUAUGGAAUCUAAGGGGAAAAAAUGGUCAUGGAGAACCUAGGGGCAAGACGGGAAUAAAGACACACACCUACUAGAGAAUGGACUUGAGGAUAUGGGGAGGGGGAAGGGUAAGCUGUGACAAAGUGAGAGAGUGGCAUGGACAUAUAUACACUACCAAACGUAAAAUGGAUAGCUAGUGGGAAGCAGCCGCACAGCACAGAGAGAUCAGCUCCGCGCUUUGUGACCACCUAGAGGGGUGGGAGGGAGGGAGACGCAAGAGGGAAGAGAUACGGAAACAUAUGUAUAACUGAUUCACUUUGUUAUAAAGCAGAAACUAACCAUUGUAAGGCAAUUAUACUCCAAUAAAGAUGUUUAAAAAAAAAAACUAUGAGACCCUGAAUAUUGACAAAGCCAAGUGUAUUUCUUUUUU